AUGAGCAGCGUGUCUGAAAUCAAGACUGUAAUGCGACCAGCGUCUACAGAAACUGUAGCCGCUAAUGCCCACCACAAUCUGCAGACCAAAAAUUCUACUUCCUUGCCAUCUAUUUCUCCCUCUGACCGCGUGAUUAUCGCUGGUGCCGGGCCCACUGGUCUGUUUCUAGCCUACAAGCUCGCUAAAUCUGGUAUCAAGGUCGACUUGGUCGAGAGGCUACCCGAUAUCAGUGAUGCACCCCGAGCAGCGGGCUACUACGGCGCGACCUUGCUUGCGCUAAAAGAUGCUGGAUUGCUGCACCUGGCCGCACAGCGCGGGUAUCUCGCCAGGGCAGUGGGAUGGCGGACGGCCGUGCAGGAUGAUGGGCACGGGAACAAGACAUGGGGCCGUCUAUUAUGCAACAUCCCGUUUGACCAAGGGAGCCAGGAACGGCCAGAAAUGGGGAUGCUUCUGCUACCACAACCAAAGCUAUGCGAGCUUCUGAAAGAGCAGAUCCAUGUACUCAACGGCAUGCAGCCUGGGAGUGUCAAAUUCCAUUUCCAUUCGGAGCUCAGCAAUGUACAUGAUGACGGCCACGGCGUGGCGGUAUCAGUCCGCAAUCCGGAGACCGGAAUUGAGCGCGAACUUCGAGGUAUUCUCUUUGUCGGCGCGGACGGUGCAAAAUCGAAAGCCCGCCAAUUGCUUGGGAUCAAGCUGCAGGGCCACACUUGGCCAGAACGCAUGAUCGCGGCUGACGUGCUGCUGCGCAAUGUCGAUGUCCCGCCUCUUACUCAGCUCCACUUUAUUGUCCACCCGGUUCACUUCGCCAUGGUAAUACCCCUAGAGCGACCUGUUGAAGGAGAAACGACUCUAUGGCGCUUCUCAAUGGCGACAGACCCCACGGACAACUCAACUGAAGAGGAAUUACUACGGGAAGAAAACCUCGCGAGGCUGUUCGAGAAUUACAUGGUUGGACCUAGGCCCCCGCAAUAUAAGGUGGUCAGCAAAACAGUUUAUCGUCUCCACCAGCGAUUGGCUAAUACGAUGGCGAUUGGGCGAUGCGCACUGGUAGGCGACGCAGCACAUCUCAACAACCCCGUCGGUGCACUAGGCCUCUCUACUGGCAUUCUUGACUGUGAUGCACUAGCGACAGCAAUUGAGAUGAUACUCCAUGAGGGUGGCCCUGUUUCUCUGCUCAGCACCUACUCGGACGCACGCCGUCAGGUGUUCCAGUCAUUCGUCUCGCCAACCAGCACCGCGAACAAGUUGCGCAUUCAACAAGAACCCGUUGCGGCCGACGAUGACUGGCUGAUACGCAAGAUGCAGAAUCCGACGCUCGAGACCCUCCACGACUUCAUAAAACCCUAUGUCACUGUUUGGAGGACUGAUAUGCGCGCGCUAGUAGCCGAGCAAGCGGCGAGAGACGAGCAAAUCUUGAAAGCAAAUCUCAGCGAAGCCUUAUGA